AUGUGUGACGGCGCCCUGCUGCCCCCCCUCGCCCUGCCCUUGCUGCUGCUGCUGAUCUGGGGACUGGUGGACCCGGGCACAGCUGCCGGCGGCGGCGACGGGGCGGCCGACGUGGAGGUGGUGCUCCCGCGGCGGGUGCGCCCGGACGACGUGCACCUGCUGCCGGGGGUGCUGCUGCCGGGGGUCCCCCCGGGUCCCCGGCGGCGGCGGCGCCCCCCGCGCGCGCCCCCGGCCGCCCCCCGCCGCCCCCCGCCGCCGCCCGGCGAGCGCGCGCUGCUGCUGCACCUGCCGGCCUUCGGGCGCGACCUGUACCUGCAGCUGCGCCGCGACCUGCGCUUCCUGUCCGGCCGCUUCGAGGUGGAGGAGGCCGGCGAGGCCUGGCGCCGCGGCCGCCCCGCCGCCGAGCUGUGCUUCUACUCGGGCCGCGUGCUGGGCCACCCGGGCUCCCUGGUCUCCGUGAGCACCUGCGGCGCCGCCGGCGGCCUGGUCGGCCUCAUCCAGCUGGGGCAGGAGCAGGUGCUCCUGCAGCCCCUCAAUGGCUCCCGGGGCCCGCUCGGCGGCCGAGAACACCUGGUCCGGCGCAAAUGGUCCCCGGCCCCCGGCCCCUCCGCCCAGGCCCAGGCCCCCGGCCCGCUCUGCCAGGUCCUCACAGAAAAGAAGAUGCCAGCAGGGAAGGGCGGGCCGCCGGCGGACGGGCGAGUGCGGAGGAGCGCCAUCCGGCUCACCAGCGAGCACACGGUGGAGACGCUGGUGGUGGCCGACGCGGACAUGGUGCAGUACCACGGGGCCGAGGCCGCGCAACGGUUCAUCCUCACCGUCAUGAACAUGGUUUACAACAUGUUCCAGCACCAGACCCUGGGGGUGAAGGUGAACAUCCAGGUCACCAAGCUCGUGCUGCUGCGACAGCGCCCUGCCAAGCUGUCCAUCGGGCACCACGGGGAGCGGUCCCUGGAGAGCUUCUGCCACUGGCAGAACGAGGAGUACGGCGGCGCCCGCUACCUCGGCAACAACCAGGUGCCCGGCGGCAAGGACGACACACCCCCCGUGGACGCGGCCGUGUUCGUGACCAGGACGGACUUCUGCGUGCACAAGGACGAGCCGUGUGACACCGUCGGCAUCGCUUACUUAGGAGGCGUGUGCAGCGCCAAGAGGAAGUGCGUGCUCGCCGAGGACAACGGCCUCAACCUCGCCUUCACCAUCGCCCACGAGCUGGGCCACAACUUGGGCAUGAACCACGACGACGACCACUCGUCCUGCGCCGGCCGCUCCCACAUCAUGUCGGGCGAGUGGGUGAAAGGCCGGAACCCCAGCGACCUCUCCUGGUCCGCCUGCAGCCGAGAUGACCUGGAGAACUUCCUCAAGUCGAAAGUGAGCUCCUGCCUGCUGUUCACGGACCCGCGGAGCCAGCACGCCGUGCGGCUGCCCCACAAGCUGCCUGGCAUGCACUACAGCGCCAACGAGCAGUGCCAGAUCCUGUUCGGCACCAACGCCACCUUCUGCAGGAACAUGGAGCAUCUGAUGUGCGCGGGGCUGUGGUGCCUGGUGGAAGGAGACGCGUCCUGCAAGACCAAGCUGGACCCGCCCCUGGACGGCACCGAGUGCGGGGCGGACAAGUGGUGCCGCGCGGGCGAGUGCGUGAGCAAGACGCCCAUCCCCGAGCACGUGGACGGCGACUGGAGCCCCUGGGGCGCCUGGAGCAUGUGCAGCCGCACGUGCGGGACCGGAGCCCGCUUCCGGCAGCGGAAGUGCGACAACCCCCCCCCCGGGCCAGGAGGCGCGCACUGCCAGGGCGCCAGCGUGGAGCAUGCCGCGUGCGAGGGCCCGCCCUGCCCCAAGGGGCUGCCCAGCUUCCGGGACCAGCAGUGCCAGACGCACGACCAGCUGAGCAGCAAGAAAAAGGGGCUGCUGGCCGCUGUGGUGGUGGACGACAAGCCGUGUGAGCUGUACUGCUCGCCCCUGGGGAAGGAGUCCCCGCUGCUGGUGGCCGACAGGGUCCUGGACGGCACGCCCUGCGGGCCCUACGAGACGGACCUCUGCGUGCACGGCAGGUGCCAGAAAAUCGGCUGCGACGGCAUCAUCGGCUCGGCGGCCAAGGAGGACCGGUGCGGUGUGUGCAGCGGCGACGGCAAGACCUGCCGCGUGGUCAAGGGCGACUUCAGCCACGCGCGGGGCACCGGCUACAUCGAAGCGGCCGUCAUCCCCGCGGGCGCUCGCCGGAUCCGCGUGGUGGAGGACAAGCCGGCCCACAGCUUCUUGGCCCUCAAGGACUCCAGCCGCCGGUCCAUCAACAGCGACUGGAAGAUCGAGCUGCCCGGGGAGUUCCAGAUCGCGGGCACCACGGUCCGUUACGUGCGCAGGGGCCUGUGGGAGAAGAUCUCCGCCAAGGGCCCGACCAAGAUCCCGCUGCACUUGAUGGUGCUGCUGUUCCACGACCAGAAUUACGGGAUCCACUACGAGUACACCAUCCCCGUGAACGCCACGGCCGAGAACCAGAGCGCACCCGAGAGGCCCCAGGACUCCCUGUUCCUCUGGACCCACAGCGGCUGGGAGGGGUGCAGCGUGCAGUGCGGCGGAGGGGAACGCAGGACCGUCGUGUCCUGCACCCGCGUCGUGAACAAGACCACGGCGCUGGUGAAUGACAGCGACUGCCCCCCGGCGAGCCGCCCGGAGCCCCAGGUCCGGAGAUGCAACUCACACCCAUGCCAGGCGCGGUGGGUGGCCGGGCCCUGGAGCCCCUGCUCGGCCACCUGCGAGAAGGGCUCGCAGCGGCGGGAGGUGACCUGCGUGCACCAGCUGCAGAACGGCUCGCACGUCACCACGCGGCCCCUGUACUGCCAGGGCGCCCGGCCCGCCGCCACGCAGGGCUGCGAGGGCCAGGACUGCCUGUCCAUCUGGGAAGCGUCCGAGUGGUCACAGUGCUCCGCCAGCUGCGGCCCGGGCACGCAGAAGCGCACCGUGACCUGCACCAACUCCCAGAGCAAGUGCGACGCGGCCACGCGGCCCCGCGCCGAGGGGCCCUGCGAGGAUUACUCCGGCUGCUACGCCUGGAGGACCGGCGCCUGGUCCACGUGCUCCUCCACGUGCGGGAAGGGGCUGCAGUCCCGCGUGGUGCAGUGCAUGCACAAGGUCACCGGGCGCCACGGCAGCGAGUGCCCCGCCCUCGCCAAGCCCUCCACCUACCGGCAGUGCCACCUGGAGGUGUGCAACGACAAGAUCAACGUGAACACCAUCACCUCGCCGCGCCUGGCCGCCCUGACCUAUAAGUGCACGCGGGACCAGUGGACGGUGUACUGCCGGGUCAUCCGGGAGAAGAACCUGUGCCAGGACAUGCGGUGGUACCAGCGCUGCUGCCAGACGUGCAGGGACUUCUACGCCAGCAAGAUGCGCGGGCCGCUGCCCCCGCCCUCGCCGAGCUCAUGA